AUGUUUGCCAGCAGUAGUCAUUUGAAAUUUUGGACCUUUAGUGGAGAAGCUGAAUUACAAACUCUUCGUUCUGAAACCAGUCAGAAGUAUUUAAAUCAACAUGCUAUUCAUUUGUCUGGUACAGCUUUAGUUUUUUUCAAAAGAUUUUAUCUUAACAAUUCUGUAAUGGAUUACCAUCCUAGAGACUUAAUGCUAACAUGUAUUUAUCUAUCAUGUAAAGUAGAAGAAUUCUAUGUACCUAUCGGACAGUUUGUGAAGAAUUUAAAAGGAGAUAGGGAGAAAUUUGCUGAUAUUAUUUUAGGGUUUGAGUUAUUAUUAAUGCAGAAAGUACAUUAUCAUCUUACUAUUCACAAUCCAUUUCGGGCUUUAGAGGGUUUAUUUAUAGAUCUGAAGACUAGAAAUAAAGAAAUUGAUGCUGAGAAAUUAAGGAAGUAUGGUGAAGAGUUUUUAGAUCAAUCACUAGGUACUGAUGCUAGUUUAAUCUUCUCUCCAUCACAGAUAGCAUUAUCUGCCCUGUUAGCCAGUUCUUCUAAGGAGGGGUGUAACCUAGACAGUUAUGUUACUGAUAAGUUGCUAAAAGGAGCAUCUGAAGCAGAUCUUCAAAAAACCAUUCUUCAAGUUAAAAGAAUUCGCUAUAUGGUAAAAAAUCAAGAACCUUUACACAAACAAACCAUACAACAAAUACAGAAGAAAUUAGAAAAAUGUAGAAAUCAAGAAAAUAAUCCAGAGAGUGAAGUGUAA